AUGCCGUCUUCUCCGCCGGCCCGCUUCGAGCAACUAACCGUGGACAGGUACUGCCCCUGCGACGCUCUCGGGGAUGUGUGUGACAUUAACUGCUGCUGUGACAGAGACUGCAGCAGUGAGGACGUGUCUCUGUUCAGCAGCUGCUCGGUCCAGACCGUCAGCGGCAGCCGGCAGCUGUGCAGCCGAGACGUGGCGUCCUACUCCCUGAGGAGCACCGAGGAGGGAUACUCCGAGCUGCAGGCGUCCGUCCGACAGCAGAGCAGCAGUGACGCUCUGUGUGUCCAGUCGCAGAACCGCUUCGACGGGUUGUCCCACUCCUCGCCGGCUAUUCCCACCGACAGAAGCUUUGAGGGGCUCUUCCAGCAGUUCACCAGCUUCAUGUUUGGCUCAGAGAGCAGCGAUCAGGAGUCCCAGGCUUCCCCGGGAUACCAGCUGGGGGACGUGAUGCUGACAGCAGGCCAGAGUGGACAGACGGGUGUGUUUCUCCUGCCGGCUCCUGGUCUCACUGCUCACUGUGUGGACAGCAGUCCUGCAGCGUUCCUGAAGGACCAGAGCAGCGUCUGCUCCCGGCGGCUGGUCCUGGAUCAGGACUGCGGCUCUCUGCCUGCUCUCAGCAUGGACGCCUACACCAGCAUCCGGCUGCUGGCUGUGAGUCCCGCGCUCAGGACCAGAUGCUCUCUCAACAACACCGAGACGGAGCUGAAGCUCAGCGCAGGACAGACCGUCAGGCCCUCUCUGACUGAGCCCACGCUCUGCGCUAAUGUGGUGCUGAAGGUAACGCAGACCCCACAGACCCCUGAUCACAUGACGCCCUGA